AUGAAGGAAUCCUCCAAAAGCGACCCUAAAAGCCGCAAGCGGCCAGCGGCAGAUGUUGCUGAAGAAUCCAGCACACCAACGAGCGAAACAAAGCAGGAAGAUAACAAAAGUGGCUCUAAUUGGCUGGCUAAAUUUCUGGGAAAGUUGGACGCCGGCAAAAAGACGGAGCCGACAGUAACGCAGCAGCAGGUACACGAAGAAUCGGACGAUAGCUCUGAUGAGGAAACCACAGAGGUCACCGAGCCGAAACCACAGAGGAAGGCUCUGUCGUAUUCGGAGCUGCUGUUUGCAGACCUUUCCGAGGCUUCCAGCCUUAUCAAGAAGUCGCACUUCUGCCAGAUGGAAGUCUGCGAAGAAACAUGGCCAGAGUACAGGGAGUUCAUGUACAAGAAAUAUCGUAGCCAAGUCAGCAAAAUGAAGCGACGCGCACAGAGCGAAGGCGAUAAAAAAUCUAGAAGCCAUGGGGAUUAG